GCAUUUUGAAGUUUUAUCAAUUAAAUUAAAUUUUGUCAGGCUCCGAGUUCGUGCGGUGUCAGUCGAUCAUUAAUCAUUGAUUGAAUGUGGUAUUUGAGUACUUGUCGGAUGAUCUUUACUAGUUACUUCUAAACGAAAUGAUAAAAUAAACUACAAUAAUUCACAGAUUGGUAAUAAAGAAUUAAAAUCGUUUAUUAGAACUAGUUCGAAUAAGGUAACUUCGAAAAGCUCCAUUUUUGUGAAGUGCUAGCUGGGGGUUAAUUUCUUUACAUUCGUGUCGAUAUUGUCUGUGCGAUUAAACAAGUGAAUGGUGCUAAUAAAUUUGACAGUAAGCUCUUGAAGUAUAUAUUAAACAUGAAGAAUUACGCUUAGGUUAUUCGGGAUAAAAAGUAUUAAAUUUCACACUCAUUGCUGUAUUGUGUUUAUACUUUAAUUACUGUAGGUAUAUUUAUAUUGUUUUUGUAAAUAUUUGAAAUUAAUAAUACCAUCGUGAUAAUUGGACAAAUUUAGAGCAAACAAAUUUUAAAUUAACCUGUUGUAAACGAGAUAUUAGACAUGAGUCGCGGGCACGCAGGACCUCGUAUACACGUUCCAGACGAAUUGCGAGAAGUUCUUCUAGAAUUCACAAUAAGUUACUUAUUGGAACAACCUGGAGAUGUAAUAUCUUAUGCUGCAGAGUAUUUCACAAGGCUACGUGAAGCUAGAACUACAGCCAGAGUAUAUGAAGAAACUGCACCCACUCAAGAAGAUGAGCUUCUAUCCCCUGAUGAAUCUGUUAUGUCCAAAGAUGAAGAACCUUCAAUUAGAUUUUCUGGCCGACGCAAAUCAGUAUUCGCAGAAACUUACAAUCCAGAAGAGGAUGAUGAAGACGACGACGGCGCAAAGUUGGUUCAUCCGAAAUCCGAUGAGCAGCGUCAAAGAUUGGCUACAGCAGUCAAGAAUAUUUUACUUUUCAGAUCCUUGGAUAAAGACCAGAUGAAUGAUGUAUUGGACGCCAUGUUUGAGCGAAUCGUAGAAAAGGACGAGUUGGUUAUAAAGCAAGGAGAUGAUGGUGACAAUUUCUACGUUAUUCAAAGUGGAACUUACCAUGUGUUCGUUUCUCCUGAUCCGUCAAAAGAACCUAAUCACAUCCACACUUACGAAGACAGCGGCAGCUUUGGCGAGUUAGCUUUAUUGUAUAAUAUGCCUCGUGCUGCUACUGUAAAAGCUGUGACUCCAGGAUCACUCUGGGCUAUGGAUAGACAGACCUUUAGGCGUAUCAUUUUGAAAUCUGCUUUCAAGAAGAGGCAGAUGUACGAAACUUUAAUAGAAAGCGUUCCAAUGCUAAAGGCUCUACAACCGUACGAACGUAUGAAUCUAGCUGAUGCUCUUGUACCAAGAGUGUUCAACAAGGGGGAUAGAAUAAUAAAACAGGGAGAUCCAGCGGACGGCAUGUAUUUCGUAGAACAAGGUGAAGUUGUUAUAAGCGUUUUAGAUGAUAGUGGUAAAGAAGUAGAGAUUAAUCGUAUUAGCAAAGGUGGUUACUUUGGAGAAUUGGCAUUGGUGACACAUCGUCCUAGAGCCGCCUCUGCUUAUUGCGAUGGCGAAGUUAGAUGUGCAUUUUUGGAUGUGGAGGCUUUUGAACGAUUGUUAGGACCUUGCAUGGAAAUUAUGAAGCGCAACAUUACUGAUUAUGAAGAACAAAUGCUCAAAAUAUUUGGCUCCAAGCAAAAUAUUCGAGAUAUCCGAUGAAGGGAGACUAGUAUCAACCACCUCUGACAAUAGCCCUGUUUUAUUUUAAAUUAUCACAUUUACUCAUUGACAAGAAACGUCGUCAUCUAUACACACAAACACAUUAAAACAUUCAAAUAUCUAGGGCAUUAUUAAAUUUUAAGAGAAAUCAGAGGAUGGAUCAGUCUAGUCAUUGUAUAUAUUAAUAUAUUUAAAAAAAUUAUAUCAUUAAUCUUGGUACCAAGUCCCCCUUGUGCUUUAUUGUUCAAUGUAGGGCAACGGGAAUUCUGCUGGUAAGAAACCCCGUUGAAACAUUUUAUCGGCAAUUUUCGAUGUGUAUUUUUCUUCCUAGGUGUGAAACCCGGUUGAUUGUAAGUGUUCCAUUUUUUUGUUCAUCAGAGUGAAUAUACAGAGUUAUGUUUCUCAAACUGGAAUUUUUUAGAUUAUCAAUAAUGGAUAUUGUUCUAUUUAUUUGUUAUUUAGUUGAUUGUCUAUAUUUAUAAUUUCCAUUUGUGAACUCCAGUUAAAAUAGAAUACGAAAAAAGUGUUGGCUCAAUUUAUGUGGUUUAAUCAAAAUUAUUAAACAAGUAAAAUAUUUGCUAUAUAGUUUAGUUCGAAAUUAAUGGUGAUCAUUUUCAAGAAAGUAUUAUAUGCUGUUGUAAGAUGUCUUAUAUAGCCUUCUCUCGCCAUAUCAGAUCCUUCUCCAAAUAAUGUGUUAUUUGAGAAAUUGCAAAGUACCUUAGGUGUUCGAAAUACGAGAACCCGUUCAUCAUUAUUGGUUUUAGUGUUCUUUACUAAAAUCUAAAAUAUCAAAAAAUAAAAGCUAUAAUAUUGUGUUUAAGGUUUCUCGUAAUAAUUGUGACGCUGCUUAAGUAAGACAGACAUCUAAAUAUUUAAAAAGGCCAUCAAAAUGACGAAGAAAAUAAGACUUCGUGACCAUGAAAUAUUGAGAAAACAUAUAUAUUACAAAAAUGUCAGAGUCCAAUCUAGAAAAACAGAAUUUUUAGAAAUGGUUUACAACUUUCUGCAACUUUCAAUUACAAUAUAUCAUUAUAACAUGCAUAUGAUAAGAGACAUUUUGAAUAAACAGGUCGUAAAGUGGCUUGUUGUAACACAUUGGUAUAAAAUUCUGAUUUUAAGGAAUUAUUCAACAAUUGAAAAGCCACAAUAUUAUUUGAUUAAAAAUCUCAUUUCUUGCAGGCAUCGAAACUGCCAAUAAAAUAUUUGAGAAUUGCCUAUUACAUAAAAACUAUUGUUCUUGGAAUAACAUAUCACUGCAAAAACACUUUAUUCGCUUUACUGGUGCUGCUUUUUAAUAUUUGCUCAAUUAGUCAUAUAUGAACCACUUUUGUUUCACUUAUUUUUGAGUUUUGUCAAAAUUUUAUGCUAUUUUUUUUAGAUUCCAUUAUUAUUAAUAAAUAUUUAUUUUAUUUUCAAAAAGUGAUAAAUUUAAAUUUUUACGGAGCUUACAUAUUUGGAAGCAAUAAUGUUCAAACUUAUCAUUAUUUUCAGUUGAAUUUAGUUUUUGUAGAAAUAUCCUGACAAUUUAUUUAAAAAAAAGCCACUCUGUAUACUCACUACUAAUGUCCUAUUUUCCUAUUUAAUUUAUUAAAUUCAUAAUGAAUCUCAAACAUUACACUUUGUGGCUUACAAAUAGUUUUUGUAAACUCAAGAUACUAAAAAUUGAUUAUGAAUUUACCAUAUUCUAUCAAUAAUCACUAUAUUCUUUCUUAGUAUUUUUUAUGUAAUUUAUGUGAAACUGACCAUCAGUUUUUUUAAUUUAACUAUUAUGUGACUGUUAGCUUCAUUUUAAUAGAAAUGUCUCGAUCCAUUUGUGAUAUUUAUACUAAACACUGUUUAUUACCAUCAUUAAUAAUUACACUGUUAGGUUCUUUGAUCCUAUCGUAUGUCGAUGGUUCAUAUUUAGUUUGAAUAACCAAACCCACACACAUCCAGUGAAACAGUUGUAAUUUAUAGAGAUGUCUAAUAAAACACAUUGGUAGAUUGUAUUUAGGUUGUUAAAUAUUUAACAUUGAUAUUUCUAUCGCCUGUAAACAUUUUUCCAAUAGUGUAUAUUUCUUAAUCAGCAUGUACAAUCUUUAGUUCUAAAAUUUCAGAUCAAUUGCAUAUUUGUUUUUCAUUUAUUUUAUAAUAUGGUCCUACUAUAAAAAUAUAAUUAAUAGAUUUGUUUUUGUUUAAAUAACAAUUUAUAUGUAAUCAAUAGUAACAGUACAUAAUAAUUAAACACAGACAUGGUUUUAGUUUAUUAAUUAAAUUUUUGGAAUUAUAUGGAGCUUUUCAGUCACUUAUAUCUUAUGCCAUUACAAAUAAAACUAGGUAAACGAUUUUUUUAAAACAAUACAUUUCCCACAGUUGCAGAUCUAUACCAGUUGACACUUGACCUCAUACGAUCCCUCGUAUCUGAGUUAGAGGAUUUUAAGUUGCGAAAUCAGAACAUUUAUUUAAAUAAAUUUUCUAAAUUCAAUGGAUGAUUACAUAUGUCCAUGUAGUGUGAUUGACGAAAUAAAUAAAUCUACAUUACUAUCUGAAGGCCAGGGACGGCUCAUGCCCAAUGGUUAACAAACCGUACAACCUCUUCAAUGUAAAGAUAGGAAAAAUAAAUUUUUCAAUCGAUUUUUUAACAAAAAGGUAUUCUUUAUUUAACUAGAAAAAAUUUAUGGUUUAGGAGAUAUGUAGAUUUUUAUAUCGUUGUACAUGCCAAGAAAACCAUUCGCAAUAACGAGAUAAGAAAAUCAACAUGAAUUUUAAUUAUUUAUUGAAAAUACAAAGUCUCAUCUAUUACAAUUCUAUAAUAAACCAUAGUAUAAUAAUUCAUUAUCACACACAAUCAAUUAUAUUAACUGUCUCAGAAAUGGUUUGCAAUUUUUAUCCUAUUCUGAAAGGACAACUUGAAUCUUUAACAUGAAGUAGUUUCUGAAUUUUUAAAUAUUACUCCUUAUUCAUGUGAAAACGGAUUCUCUCAUAUAUUUAAUAAAUGUUUUGUUUUAUACUUUUUAUUUGACAAAUUACAUUAUUUGUACAGUGUCUUGAAAUAUAGAAAUACAUCUAUUCAAUAGUAAGUACUUUUAACUAAAAAAUCGACAAUUAUAAAAUAACCCUAUAAUAAAUAUGAAACGUCAAAAAGUAUUUAAUUUCAAAUUAAAAUAUAUUAUAAUGAAGUAUGGGUCGUUAUAGAAUUUGGCAAAAUUUAAAUGACAUACUGACCCAUUUAUUUAUUUUUAUGUUGUAACUAGAAAACAAUUAUUAAUGGUUAUUGCUCUAGUGAAGAAGAAAAAAAGAAAAAAUAAAUUACAUUUCGUUUAUAUCUCUUGUUUCUCUGAAAUUGCAUAGUUUUUUUAUAAUGGUUUAUACCUGUAUUUCAGUUUGUUAUGUUUUUAUUGCAUUCUAUUAUAUUUUUUUUGUUUGAAUAUGUUAAUUAUUUGUUUCAAAAUUUAAAUGAUGUUUUAUUCUACAAAUCAUUUGAAAUGUUUCAACAGUACAAACUUGAUUGAUUUCUUUUAACUUCAUUCCAGCCAUUUUAUAGUUUUAAAGAUAUCAAUGUCAAUGAAAUUAUAGUAUACUACACAAUUUUACCCUGUGCUAUUUCUGGUUCCAGUCCUACUAUUCUAAUUAGACUAGAUGGUUUUUCAAUCGCAUGUUAUUGUUCUUUCCCCUUUAAAUCAGCUUUUACUUAUACGAUCAUGCAAUUAUCAAAUAUUCUGGAGUGUUUUAUAAAUAUUUUUGAACUAUCAGGUAUAAAAACUGUAUCCAAAGCCUUGGAGUAUUUUCGUAAAUUUUUAGGACAAUUCCAAAACAAUUAUAGAAUACUCUUUAUUUUUUCCAUAUUUAUAUUUUCUUCUUUUUUCCUUUACUUCUAUGCUUGUGUUUAUACAUCAUUAUUCAGCAACUAUAUAUAGAGAUAAAUAAUAAUUUGAUAUAUGGAAAGAACCAAUUCUUACGCAUGAAUAACUGAAAACUUAUAUAAAAUUAUUUUUCUAUGUAUAAUCUUGGACAACCUGUACUGGAAUGUAAUUGAAUAAAAAUUAGGAUUUUUUUACCAUUAACCAAAUUGAUUUCAGACUAAAAAAAGUGAUCCAGUAACUGUAAAAAGUUACACAUAUCAUUUCAUUUCAGGUUAAUGAAGUUCAUUAGAAAACAAGAUAUUUGUAGUGUUUCCAAUGAGAAAAGGAAUUUACUUGUAGAAUUUGUUAGAUUUAUUCUCAUUUGAUAGAUAUUUUCCAAAAAGUAUAAUAGGUUUUGUUAACGUACAUGUUUAAUCUAAUAAUGGAGUUGACGCAAAGAUUUAUCAGUGAUAGUGAUAUUAUUAAAGAGUUAUAUUUAAAAUUCGAUUUUUAUAAGUUGUCUUACUCGGAUAAUGCAACUUACACAACGAGAAAUUGACAGAAAAUACCAAAAUGUGAUUCAAUCCUUUAAAGUUCUUUCAUACUCUGAUUAACAUCCUGUACUCUUAAAACUUAAAAGUCAACAUUUUCUAUUGAAACAUCUAAGUUGUCUAUAAUAUACAUAAAUUACACAACUAGAUGUUAAUUUCAACUAAAAUACUUAUUCAUUUAUUAUGAGAGCUUUAAACAAUAUAAUCAAUAUGUUUACAUGAAACCCAUCUAAAUGACCAAUAUCAAUAAACAUAAUACCAAUUUCAAAAAUGUAUAUGCUUAAAUUAAAUUAUUAUUUUUUAUAAAUUUACAUUUAGAUCUAAUAUAAUUUUUAUGCUGUUCUUAAUAUAAAACUGUUUCAAUGAAUCUAAUUCUGACAAAUUCUACAUUGCCCUAUCACAAUUUCUUAUAUUUAAAUGUGUAGAUAUAGAUAGAUGUAAAAUGUAAUAACUUGCCAUUCGGUUUAUGAUAAAUAGCAUAGACUGAAUUUCAAGAAAAUAAAUCAUCCUACAUGUUAUUUGUCGAAUUGUAUGUUAACCGUUAUAUGGUAUGUGUUUUUCAUUCUAAAUCUUAUCCGAUCCUUUUAAUGCCAAUUUCCAUUAUUUUUAUUUUGUAAAUAUGGUUCAAGUUUUUGUACACAAUUAAAUACAUCACCUGGAAAUUAUUCGUUUUGUGUUUAAAUAUCUGAUAUGAUUUAAUUAUUGUGAAAAUCUUAAUUUUCAUAAAGUAUAAUCUAGCAUACAUUUAUGAGAACGAGAAUAACGCACAAUCAAUCAAAUUUGGAUAUAAAUCAAGAGCGAGGUCACUUGGUGGGUUACAACUUACCAAUAAUAACCAAAAUGUAUGUUAAGUUUUAUAUCUGUCAACAACAAAAUCGCUGAACUAUUUUUUUGGUACUUGAUAGCAUAAAAGAUAUCUAUAUGAACUUUUCAAUCCAGAAGCUUUCAGGAACAAAGAAAUGAUCCGAUGAAGUUUAACGCAGGUUCUUGGCAUAAUAACAUGAGAAUGAUUAUAUCAUCAAAACUUCUAAAUUCAAGAAUCAAGUUGUUUUCUGGAUUGAAUAUAGAAGUAUUUAAGCACUAACUGAACCAAAUAAAUUUAAAUAUAAUCAAUGGAAUUGAAAAAGGUAUGAAUAAUCAUAGCGCAUAUUUUCAAGUAAUUCAGAUUAAGCUAUUUACGAUAUGAUAUAAGAAGCAUAUCUUGAAUAUCUUUCCAUAUACAAUAUACAUUGGUAGUUUUUUUAUAUAAAAUACGAUUGAGUUCGUAAAAAACACGUGUAUUGAUUCAAUAUGUAUACAAGGCUUUAUCACAUGCUAUAUUCUAAUUUGUUUGGAGUGUUUCAUCUUGAUAUAAAUCUUAUUUUGAUUACCCUGUCGGGCUUAGCUAUUUGUUAUUUGUAUUUAUUAAAUGUCUCUAAGUGAAUAACUUUAUUUGAUACUAAUUGAUAAACAACUACCAAAAACCAUGGAAGACCAUUGUUAAGGAAAGAGUAUAUAAUUGUAUGUAUAUAACUACAAGCCUCUAAUUCUUCAACUUGUUAUUUUACAGAUCUCAUAAGGUACAUUUACUACCAAGAAAGAUAUUUAGAUAAAAAAAUUCGGAUGGGGCGACUAAGGCAAUUUCUUUUAUUGCUAAAUAACUACACACACGCACGCGCGCACAUACACACAUAAUAUUCUAGUAAUCAACUUUUAAUUCUAAUUAUGAUAUAUACUGCAAAGUAUUCUCUUUGAGUGGUGAAAUUAGGGAUGAACGGCUUGUUCCAAUUUCGUGUCAUUAGCAAUUUCAAAAAUUCUGCUAAUAUUGAAGUAGUGGACGUUAUCAUAAAAGCCAUGUAACAUAUCUAUUUUUGCACAAUUUCUUCCAUUUCUCUUGCAUAUUCUUCCUAACAAAAUUCGCUAGUUGAGUAACACAAUGUAUUUGCUUAUUAUUUAUGAGAAUUACUAGAAAAGCGGUUUAUAAAUAAUUUAAUUGAGACUGAUUACUAUAAAAUGGAAUGAUGAUUUACUUCUUUUUCAACGAAUACCAAUUUCUAAAGGAUACUGGUAUUAUCAAGUCUUGAAAAGUGGCAAUUUAGAAGUUUAAAAAGGCAGUUCAACAAAGGAAAUCAAUGUGGCAAUGGUUUAUGCACAAAUAUGAAUUAUCUGCUAUUGGUAAAAUGUUAAAAACAAUUUAAAUAUCAAUAUCAACAAUCUGAAAAUGUAUUUUCUCAGAAAAAGUCUCUUACUAUUAAAGCGGAGAAGAAAACAAAAGUCUAAAUAUUAUUCUAAAGUUCAAUUCACUAGUAAAAAAUUCUAAACCUAUUUGAAUAUAAUGCAAUAGGUUGAUAAUCAAAAUUCAAAUUUGUGAUUUACCUUUGCGAGUUCAGCAACCUAAAGCUAGAUAGUGUUUUUACAAAUCAUUAAUAUGAGCUUAUUAUAGAUAAAUUUUUGAUGUUUUUUCUCCACCUUUUUAUGUUUGUAUGUUUCUGGUAAUUAAAAUCUUUACUGCAGUAAUUGUGAACCUUCAAACUAUUGUAUAUGUUUAUUUAUAGAUCAAUCGAAAUAAAUUGUUUAAAAAGU